UCCAAUAUUGCUUUAAAAAGAGGUAAAUUUGAUUUUUUGGUCUAUAAUUUCACACUCUCUGCACUUUACCUGCAGAUAUCUGUGCUACAUUGUUUAGCUGCCAUCUCCAAUCUGACGUUUUUUAUACUCUCCGUGAUAGCAGUCUCAAUAAACCUAUCAUUUGCUGGACCUUAAGAAAAACUAAAUAGUCCUACGGUGUGCUCUAGAUCGUACAUAAAUGUCUCGCAAAAUUUCUAACCUAAAUGUACUCGAACUUAAAGAACCAUCCAAAUACAUUAAGCCAUACCGAAUGAACUUUAUCCAGGAUGGUCGGCGACGCACAUGGGAUGGUAUUUUAGCACAUGAUAGUGUUUCAAUACUUCUGUAUCAUUCCGAGAAGAAGUCGUUACUUCUAGUAAAGCAGUUUCGCCCAGUUGUAUACUAUUCAAAGUUGAGAAAACUUGGAAUUAUUCGAAGUGUAACAGAUGGUCCAGUUAAAAGCAAUGAGAUUGAUCUCCCAUCUAGCGAAAUUGGGGAAACAUUAGAACUAUGUGCUGGAAUAAUCGACGGAGUCCAAACUAAUCCAAAAUUAUAUGCUGUUCAAGAAGUUUUGGAAGAAUGUGGCUAUAAAAUCAAUGAAGAUUCCUUGCAUUUAAUCAAUUCGUUUUAUUCAAGUGUUGGAUUAGCAGGCACUGAAGUAACUUUAUACUAUGCUGAAGUGCAUGAAAAUCAAAAAGUUCCUAACGCCGGUGGUGGAUUACAUGAAGAAGGUGAAUAUAUUGAAGUGAUAGAAUGGCCUGUGUCACGAAUUGAAGAACUAUUUCAAUAUGGUACCAAUAGUACUCAUCAACAACCUACUUCACUGUCAUUAUUAUAUGCAAUAAUGUGGUUCAAACAGAAUAUUCUGCCUUCUUUAUUUAUAAAAAGUUAGUUUUUAUUGGCUGAAAUUAAAUUCCUAUAUGUGAAGGAAUGUAGAAGCUUACAAACAAAUAGAUUUAUUUUAGUCACUUCACAUUAUGGUGUCGUACUGUUUCUUAGUUCUUUAAUUUUGGUAAAGCUUGAAAUUAUCAUUUUUCAUCGUAUAAAAUAGUCAACAUUCUUCCACUUAUGAAAGAAAAAAACUACCAAUCAAAUUAGAAUUAUUUCCAUCUUUCUGUAGAAAUUCAAUAGGUUUGAUGGAAAUUGUAUAAUUUUGUGUUUUCUCUUGCAAAUAUUUUCAAAAGGAUGAUAUUUGGUCAAUGUGAACAACUAUUUGUUUCUUCUGUAUGCAAUGUAAUACUUUUAAGACAUUUGAUCAGAUUUAGCUAAAUAGGAUUUUCCGUUUUAAAAAACUUUCCAUAUUCAAUUUCUUAAUAAGUGUACUCCAAGGUGAGUUUGUCAUCACAAAACUCGUAUUCUUUUAUGAAUAAACAUGACUUUCACAUUGUAUGAUCGUCAGUCAAAGCUACAAUAAACUUUCUUAGUUCAUUAUAUGUGAAAAAGUAUAUUUGAAAUAAUCUCGGCGGUUGAAAUUUAAAUAAUUCCAACGCUAUUCGUUUUAAUCUUGACGAAUAUUCGUAUAAAUUAUUUUCUUACUUCAUUUUGUUUUCCUCGAUUGUUGUAGGCUGGAUUAGUAAGUUAUUUGAAAAAAGUGCUUAGUUCUGUUAUGAGUUUACUGUGAUAUUGCGUUCGACUUUUGAAUCCCAUAACUUGGUUUAUACGUAACGGUUGUAUUUCAUGUUCUGGUUCCCCCAAAUGCCCUGGUAUGGCCG